AUGAAAACCAAAACCAAAGAAAAAACCCCGGUACCGAGGCGGGUUUGUGCAGGAGAAAGCCAAAAAAUAUCAUGGGUUUCAAUCGGGGCGAUGCCUCAGUUCUCGUCUCAGGCGCCUGGCAGGCCCCCAGGCCCCCAGGCUCUCAGGCUCUCAGGCUCUCAGGCCACCCUCAUCAGACUUCAGCCUGCACAUUCCCUGUUCGCAGUCCCAGCGCUGUUUUGGAAGCGUCGUGCCAUGCGCUUCGCAGGAAUGUAUCGGGGGAAAUUCCAACAAAAAUCCACACCCUUCACUGCUCUAUUUUCCCUUACCUUCCCCAUUCAGGCACCCUUUAGAUUAUUAUAUAUCCACUCGUUGAGGAGGGCAAACGUCGUCUUUACGCUGAAGUUACAAUGCCGAGUCGUAACAUAA